CGAAAGGAAAGUAAAUCACCAAGCCGUCAUCGUAAAAGUCGUUCAUCAGAGAGACAACGUCGACGACGAGAUAGUCCGCUGGUAGAGCGUCGCCCCUCACCAAAGUCUCAAAAAAGGGGUAGUAGCGAAAGGACGCGUCACCACCACCGCCAUCAUGCAAAACAACGUAAUGUAGCGACCAGCACCGACGACCUAAUCGUAGUUAAAGAAAAGAAGAAUCCACCACCACCCCCGAUCAAACUGUCUAUAGUGCGGGGUCAUUCCAUCAAUAUCGUCUCUAGCCUGCCCAACCCAGCCACAUUAUUAUUAAAUGCUAAUGAAACAACACGUCAAACUGCCAUGCACCUUCUCACAUCCACAGCUCUCUACAUGGCUCAAAAUCUUCCGUCUGGUUCUUCAAUAUGGCCCAAGAAUGAAGAAAAACGGGAUGGUUGAAUAUUUAUUUUUUUGUUAUGAUUUUGGGGAUUUUUCUAGGCCGGGGGGAGUGUCGCCAAUUUUGGCGACUUUUCAUUGA